AACCGGGACACCUGAUCUUUGUCUCUGUCACCGAGCCCUUCAGUAGCAAGGACCCCUUUAUUACAGUGUGCGCAUCUUCGGUUAAUGCCCAGUUUAUACCCAGUUGCACAAAGGGCGUGUGUGCCUACGCCCAGCAAUGGACUUGCGUCUUCUCGGGGGAGGGAGGUCGGGCUCCUUCCUCCUCGGGGCGGGGACGGCUGCCGAUUCUCACAUCACUUUCUUGGUCUCAUUUCUGCAGUGAGUCAACUUCAACGAGCUGCUCGCGGUUCAUUCUUCUCACGGACGCACAGGCUGUUGCUGCCUGAGUGCGCACGCGCGUAAGCGGUGGACAGUCACCCCUACCCUCCACCUGUGCAGUCGCCUCCGCUCCCGGGUUAUGCUUCGCCAGAGACGCCGUCCGCACUGAAGAUGUGCGCCGACGAAGAAGCAGGGCGUAACUGUCAAGUUAAGCGGAGAUGCUGCACCGCCGCGUGCCAGCUGCUCCCGCACUUCUGUCUCAUCUUGUCCCUGGUGGGUUACGCCGUCCUCGGAGCGCUGCUCUUCAGGCACAUCGAGGGUGGCCUGACCACGCCGGACCCCCGCUACGACUUGUUUGUUACAAGACUGUGGAACAUCUCGAGGAACCACUCGUCGGAUGAUGAAGAUGCUUGGCGACAGGCGUUCAUGGAAGACGCCAAGAUUAGGAUCUCCAAAGAUUUCGAUGUGCAGUGGCUUCAGAAACCGGAACAAUGGAAUUUUUUCGGCUCGCUUUUCUUUUGCUGCACGGUCUUUACAACAGUUGGUUACGGCCAUAUCUACCCAAUCACAGGAGCUGGGAAAGUGGCCUGCAUGGUGUACGCCAUGAUCGGUAUCCCGCUCAUGCUCUUUGUCAUCGCAGACGUCGGAGACGUGCUGGCGGUCAUCUUCUCCCGAUCCUACAACCGCCUCAGGAAGCUUUACUCGAAGAACAAGCCCUUACUCCCAAAGCUGUGUCCAUCCCAACAAAAGCCUCAAGAGAACAUGCCGUCCCGUGCAUACUGCUUCACCAGGGACAUGGUGGCCAUCAAGGAGCCGAUGAGCAUCACGCAGGUCCUGAGCACGCAGUCUACCAUCAAGAGGAAGUCUCUGCAGCUGAAGAAUGCCGAGAUCUUUGACAAGAUCAUCGCCAGGGAGAACAUUCCGGUGGGCAAGCUGAUGAGGAGCACUUCCUGCCCCGAGCUGGACCGCCUGCAUAAGCCUUCUCCCUUUUCUAUGUGGGAUUUUACAGGAAUAGGAGAGGAGCUGGACAAGUUGGAUGUGCCGGUGACCCUCAUCGUGGUGGUCAUCCUCACGUACAUUUUUCUGGAGGCGAGUAUUCUCCGUCUCUGGGAAGAUCAGUGGACCUUCUUUAGUGCCUUUUACUUUUGUUUUAUCACAUUGACCACAAUUGGUUUUGGAGACAUUGUGCCCAACCAUCCCAACUACUUCAUGGUCACCUCCUUUUUCAUCAUUGUCGGCAUGGCCAUCAUGUCCAUGGCGUUCAAACUGGGCCAGUCCAGAAUAGUCAGCUGCUACAGGAAGCUGAUUCAACUCAUCAGCGGUGGAAAGGUGAAGAACCCUGAGUAACAUCAAUGCAACGGGCGAGUUUUGUGUUUUCUCAGCUUCUGCACAUCGACUUCCAUGGAUGACUGUUCACUGCUUGCUGCACGGUCAGCUGUUUGUGGAGUGACGCAGCGCAUGUGGCCGAGCGAGUGACAAAAAUGACCUCAGGGAUCUGAAUGAAGCAAGCAUGGCAGACAGACGCAUACGAAUGGGGCGUCCUAUUAGUCUUGUGCCAGCAUCCUGGGAUGGCAGGAUGAGUUUUCUUGAGCUGCUGUUUAUUGAGUGUAUGAUAUUUGUGAUACCAAAUCUGGCCUUUAGGGGGCGACAGAUGCAUAUCUCAGUUCUAUCCUGAACACAGUCUUUCAUUACUAGGGGUUGACAGGAGCACGGCAGGACACCAGCCAUAGACAGGAUGCCAGUCACUCACAGGGCACACUCACACAUUUACUCACAGUUUAAAAGCUUGUCUUUUGGAUGGAGGGUUGAAAACAGAGAUGGAGGAGGAAACCCACCUAUGACUUGAGGCGUUUGUAAAGACUCAAGGUCUGGAGAGUUAUGAGCUUAACUACCAUGCCACUCUCUCCAUACUGUGAGUGGGCCAGGAUUAGAACUCAGAUGUCUGGAAUUUGGGAGGCAGGAGUGCUACCUGCUAUGCCACCAAGGCACACAUCCCCAUACAAAGAGUGAGUAGGCCAUGAAUUGAACCCAAGUCUCUAGCAUUAGGAGGCACAGGGGAGAACCACUAUGCCAUCCUACCAUUGCUGACAAUGAGUGGGACAGGAAUAGAGCCCACAUCCCUGGUGUUACCUGCUGGUGGUGCUAACCACUAUGCCUUACAUCACAAAUACAAAGCUUCAGUAGGCCAUGAAUUGAACCCACAACUUAGGAUUUGGGAAUCGGGGGCAACUGCCACUUUGCCACCCUUCCUUAAACAGACAUUAAAUGGGCUAUAAAUUAAACUAAGAACCCUGGAGUUAGCAGAAAGCCAUGCUAAUCAAGGUACACUUCUCCAGAGUAGGCUAUAACUCAGGUCUCUCGAAGUGCUCGCCACUAUGCUGCCAUGCCACACUACCCCAUAAAAACUCUGAGUAGGCUAUGAAUUGAAUCCAUGUCUCUAGUGUUAAAGGGUUGAAGCACACACCACUGUACCAUUCUUUCCAAUACUGAUAAUAAGUGGGCUAUGAGUUGAGCCCAGAGCCCUUGGGUUAGGAAUGCCAGUUACUAGGUUACCUUGCCCAUCUGUAUCUGCAAGUGGCACCUUCAGGGAAAAAGUACGAAGUUAAGUUGGCACCAAUGGAGACAAUACUAGAACAUUCCCACAGGAGAACACAAAGUGCCAUAAUGGGAACUGAUGUUGGUGAAUUUAUAGAGCACCUUGCCUUUUCCCAUUCAGAGCUACGCACCUCCAUAAUGGUUUACUCGCCUUAACUUUGCCACACGUGGCUUCUGUGUCAGCGUCCAUCCCUUGUGUGUCGACGUCACACGUUCUCCCCAUGUUGACCUGGUUUCCCACGGCUGCCCGACAUUACCCUAAUAUUGGGUCAUUCUAAACUCUCUGGGGGUGAGUGAGUGAGUGUGGGUUGGUUGGUGCCCUGUGAUGGGCUUGGUACCACCUUCUGGAUGAGUCCCUGACUUGCUCCUGCACCCUGGCUCCCUGAAUGAAACAGGCUGUAGAAAAAUCAAUGGAUUGUUAGCUUAACAAAGUGUCAAAAAUGAAAGGAGCUAUAUAAUUAAAACAUAAUUAUUUAAGGUGCCUCACAAAUUCAGCAUCCUGGAUUGAAAUUCUAUGCCCAGAUAUUGUCUGUAUGGACUAUGCAUGUUCUAACUGUAUCUGUAAGCAUUUUCUAAGGGUACUACAGUUCCCCUUGCCCCCCAACCCAAGGAUCUGCAGGUUAAGGUAACUGGAGACUGAAAACUGGCCCUGUUUGAGUGCGUGUUUCAUGAGAAGACCCUCCAGUGGACUGGCAUCCAUGUUUACUACCUGAUGAUGCUGUCGGGAUAAUCCACAGUGACUAGGGGGGUCUGCAGGUAGAUGGCUGGGUGGAUGUGUUUAUGAUUCAAGUAGGUUUUUGUGUGGAAUUUGCAUGUACGCCCCUAAAUAUCUUCACGUCCUUUUCUCUCAGAGCUCAGUGCCCCCCUGACUGCUGCAUACGAGUCUAGCAAUGGUCACUAUGAUGCCAGUUCCCAUAUUGGAUCCUGCUUUGCACCUCAUACUCCAGUCUUACUAGUGUGAGAUUUCUGUGUUAAUAUUUUAAAUUCCCUUUUAUCCAUAUUUUUUUUUUAAUUAAAAUAAAUUCAUUUUCAGAGUUUGCACUUUUUAAAGGUCACAGAAGGCCUAAUUGUGAACUAGCAAGAAUGGGCAUAAAGCAGGGGGCUGUCAAAAUGGGGUGGCAGUCUACCAUUUGAUCAGAGCAGUGCAAAUAAAGACCGACCAUCACAGGUCUACUAGUUCAGUAUUAAUUUGUUUAAUGGGUGCACUCAAAAGUGGCAUUGUGCCUUUAUAUAGCGCCUUUCAUGGUGACCACUACACCAACAUGGUUUAUAUUUGCAUUUUCCAUACCUGAACCACAGCAGAUAGAAGACGACAUACAAAUUCAGUACUAGGGAGCGAACUGACAAUUUUGUGAUUUUCAUAUAGUGCCUCUCAUAACGUUUCACAGGCAUAGAUGUGUCACACUCGCGGACAUACAGGAGUUCAGUAAUAGAGACUAACACUGUAACGUUUUUAUUUUAUAGGCACAGGACAUUUGGUUGCAUAUUUCUGCUCAGGGGCGGAGUCAGCAGGAGAGCAGGGAGGGCGUUAACCUUUGGCCACACCCACAUUAUGCCACCAGUAUUACGUCCUUCCUCUCAACAACCUUCUGCCAUGCUGUUCUCCCAGCUCAAGUCCUAAUGGGGUCUUACAGACAGGACAAAAAAAAUAUUUAACAUCAUUCUCGUGCACCCUAAUAUAAAGCCUCGUAUAAAUAACAAAAAAAUAAUAAUAUUAAAAUAUAUAAUAAAUAAUGCAGCUCUAAAGUUUUAAAAGGGCACAUGUUAAUCGCCACAAAACUACUGCCAUACAUGCUGCCUGUUGAGAAAAUGGCUAAACACGCAUCCUGUUGAGGAAUAUUUCAGACAUAAUUUAAUAAAUAUUGAAAUAAAUAAAAACCCUGAACUGGCUAGAGCCCGCCCACUCAACUUUGACGAGUGAAGGUGGCAGUUUUCAUUUCACUGUGGAUUUCAUGUUGCAUGCGGUGUCAUUGAAAUAAAAACACGAAGGAACAACUAAAUAAGUACAUAGCAAGAAAAAAAAAAUGUAAUUAUUUAUGCUCGCAUAUAACUGUUUUUCUUAUUUAUUAAUUGGCACAUUUUCCAAUACCGUAAUGACCAGGGUAUACUGGGGACAGAGGACUCGAUUUAGCACUUUGUUGAAAGAUUGUGGUAGUUAGUUCUGAAUAAUAGUUUUUAGAGCUCGGGGACCCACUACUGCCUUCCUCAACUGCUCCUCCCCACCACAGAGGUCUUUUGUGGCUCCAUGUAUGCUGCGCCUUGUGCCCGCACAUUAUGCCAACAGCAUUACAUCAUUCCACUCUGCCAGGGUGAGAGACAAGCCUUCUGCCACACAGUCUCCCAACUCAUCUAAGGCUUGCAGGUGGCCAUGCAUUGAAAAAGAGGCAAAUCCCACUU